CCCCAACAAAAAAAAAUCCUUACUCUUUUUCAAUGAGAUGCUGUUCUGGAGUAUAACGCGUUGAUCAGGAGCAAAGGGGAAAGAAGCCACAGAGAGAGAGAGAGAGAGAGAGAGAGAAUAUAUAUAUAUUUUUAUUUACUAUAUAUAUAUAUAUAUAUAAAGGACUGAAUCCCAAAGCCAACAGUUGAAGCAAAAGAUAGAGGAAUUCAGACCUGACUAUGCUUUCCAUGCCUCUAACUGUGAAUGGAGCUCAGAAUAGUAGCUCGAAGCAAGCAGUUCAAGCUUGGGCACCUCUGGACAUCAACAACAUCAACCACACCUCGGUCACAGCUUCUGACAUGACAGCGGAGUCUGUGAACCCUUGGGACAUCGCCUUGUGUGUGACAGGCACUGUCAUCGCCUGCGAGAACGCUCUAGUAGUGGCUGUGAUCGCUUACACCCCAACCUUGAGAGCCCCCAUGUUCUUCCUGAUCUGCAGCCUGGCCAUGGCUGACCUGCUGGGGGGGUUGGGGUUAGUGUUGAACUUCACCUUCCUCUAUCUGCUGGACUUCCCUACCGCCAGGCUGAUCUCAGCAGCCGUGCUGAUCGCCUCUUUCUCGGCCUCAGUCUGCAGUCUGCUGGCCAUCACCAUCGACCGCUACCUGUCCCUCUACAACGCCCUGACCUAUCACACCGAGAGGACAACCACCUUCACCUACCUGCUGCUGCUGGCCAUCUGGUUGACUUGCCUGACCUUGGGUUGCCUGCCCAUCGCUGGCUGGAACUGCCUCGAGGACGAGCCCUCGUGCAGCGUGCUCAAGCCGGUGUCUAAGAACAACGCCGCCGCCUUGUCCAUCACCUUCCUGCUCAUCUUCGGCCUCAUGUUGCAGCUGUACCUGCAGAUCUGCAGGAUCGCCUCCCGUCACGCCCAGCAGAUAGCAGUGCAGUACCACUUUGUCACCACGUCCACCCCAUCCACCAGGAAAGGCAUCUCCACUCUCUCCCUCAUCCUUGGCACCUUCGCUCUCUGCUGGGUACCAUUCGCCAUCUACUGCCUGGUGGCUGACUCCACUUACCCUCUGCUCUACACCUACAUCGCCGUCCUCCCCGCCACUUGCAACUCUCUGCUCAACCCCAUCAUCUAUGCCUUCAGGAAUCCUGACAUUCAGAAAUCUCUCUGGCUCGCCUGCUGUGGUUGCUUCCCGUCCAAUUUCUCCUUCAGAGCCAGGUCUUCCAGCGACGUAUAACGUGUACAGUGUCCGUGUUGGUGUGCUUUUUUUGUUUUCUAACUGUGUUUAUUGGGGAGGGUAAUUUUACACACAUUUAUAUUCACACACACACACACAUUCCUCUUUCCUUCCUUCUCUCUCUC